AUGAAUGUCGCCGGGAACCUGUACUACCGAGCGCACGAGCGGAAGAAUUCCCGCGCUCGGCUUAUUUGCGAAGGUCGGGCAAUCCUUAGGCGCUACCGGGUGUUGGCAUCGUAUACACCCGGACAUGAAGCGCCUCGCUACCCUCGUCUGAUUAUCAACAUCAUGCGAAAAUGUAUGACUACCCUGAUCGAGAAGAUGAUUGCCCUUUGGGAGGAAGAGUUGCAAGAUGAGGAGGUUUUUAGGCAUAUAAGAGGGCCGAAUGAGAGUUGA